CAUACACUUGGUCAUUUUGGGCAGAUCUCUAGUGUUUGCAGUUUGGCUUACAUAUAUUAUUAGGUGAUGCUCGUUAUUAGGUGAUGCUCGCUAUUUUGAUCAAGAUUUUAGUUCUGGUUCACACAAUUCUAUUCCUUAAAAAAUUUAAAUCGGUUUACACUAAUUAAUCAGCAUACCUAUUUACAAAAAUCACAUUGUUAAAGAUGUGGUCAUUUAUAUAAUAAUUACAUUCAUGUCAUUUGUUACGUAUAUGCAGUGUUUACGAGUAUCACAUGUCAUGGCUGCUGAUAUAUAGAUCUAGUUCCGUUUCGCCCACACACACACACGCUCUCUCAUGAUUGUGUAAUAGCUGGAAUUUGUGUGGGUGGGUGUAUCUGAUAUUCUAUUUAAGGGGGUAGCUGAGCCUCAAUUUGCAGUAACUAAAUUUAAUACUACAUAGAUCGACAACAAUGAAGACUCUGAUUUUUUUCAUUUUCCUGCUGGGUCUUGUCCUGGGUCAAGAUGGGAUGCCUAACACAGAGAGAACACGGGUAACCACCACAGGCAUGGAAACCCGACCAACUUCUGUUUUCCCUGACGACGGCACGAGCCCGGAAUGCGACCUGAGUGCUGAGGACAGAGAAGAGAAUUUGAACUGCCCCUGUGAUCUCGUGUUGGAUGAGGGCUGCCCUGACUGCCCCGACAGCUGCUCCAGUAACUAAGGGCAUAUCUUGCUACCAUAUAACUAUGUCCCAGUUAUCUGUGCCUAUACCAAUUACAUCACUAGCUGUAACAUAUCGAACCAACCAGUUCAACUUGAAGAUUUCAUACAUUUAGAAAUGAUUUCCCAUAAAGAUUGCUACAAAGCCUGAUCCCCUGUAUAUUAGUCGAUUGCUCUGUUAUAAUAAAUGUUCUCUCAUGCAAGUGUGUGUCCAAGACUGUCAUGUGACUUGUCCUGUGCUGAUGGUUAUGCAAAGGAUGAAAAUGACUGCCGGCUGUGCAUGUGCCGAGGACGAGAUGAUGAUGAUGACACAGUUGAAGAGCUGAGAGAAAGACUGCGCUGUCAUCCUGACUGCAUCAGGGAGAGCUUAGUCCGCUACGUCUGUGAUGCACAGUGCAAUGCCACUGCAGUCCACAGGGAUAACUAUGACGAGUGCAGGGUUGACAGUGAUUGUGAUGAUGAUACUGACAGCUGUGAGAUUGCAAACAUUGGGAACGUCCUCGUGUGUGAUGGACUGCCAGAUGUCGAUGAAGAAUGUUCCGACUAUGACCCACGAGAUGAUGGUACUUACCGAAAUGAUGAUGAUGAGUUUGACGAUGAUGAAGACGAACGUCUUAGUCGCGGUUCCAACGAAGGAUCGGAUGACCGCUAUCGAGCCAGCUAUCUCAGUGAGAGUGUCAACGAGUGCAGAGCUGGUCUGACAUGUGAUGGAGCCACCAAGAGGUGUCAGACUGCAGAUGGCCCGUGUACAAGAGCUGUGCGUGAUAGGGGGAUAACAGUGGAUCGCUGUGACAACCAGGGUAACUAUGACAUCCGCCGAUGUUUUGAACGUCAAGACAAUAGUAGAACAAGAUACUCAUGUGUGUGCGUGCACCCCGACACUGGGACGGUUAUGAACAGAACGAGGAAGGACGUAGAGAAUGAACGUGAUUUUGAUCGAGCUGACUGCUUCAGAUUGGUGUACAGGAAUUGUUCGAUCAUGAGGGGGGAGAGAAUGUAUCAGGUAUACCAUAGAGACCGCGUCUUUAUGACCACACCCAAUGGCUGUCGUGUCUGCAGAUGUAAUGACGGUACGGCUGAAAAUUGUGAGGAGAGAGGAUGUCGUGAGGAGAUGGACAAUAGAGACGAAGCCAGUUGUGAUGCUUGCUCUUCAGUGCCAAGACAACUGGUGUGUGGCCCAGAUGGUCUCAACUACCCGAGCAGGUGUGCGGCCAUGCAUUGUGGCGGAUUCAAUGCUGACGAGAUUGCAAACCGACCUUGUUCUGCAUUGGAUGUGUGUGCCCUCUAUCCUUGCCGUGCUGGCUUCAGCUGUUUGCGUACAGCUGGCGUGUCGUGCACUGGUCGCUGCGAACCAAACGAACUGAGGACCUGUGUGAACAGAACUGUUUUGCGGUGCUCAAGUGACACAGCUCUGGAGGGGGCUGAUGUUGUGUGUGGUACUGAUGGGAUCUCCUACCGAAGUUUCUGUCACAUGAUUAAACUCGGUCCUCCCAACAUCCGAGUCCGUCACGGGGGGCGCUGCGACAGAACAGACUGCACUGGCUCAUCGAUGGUUUGUGGGACAGACAGGGUGUCUUAUGCCAAUGAUUGUGAGCUAAGGACCCUCACUGCUAAUGCCCGUAAGGACCACGACGGAGAGUGCGAGAAAGACGAUCAGGGUGGCAUGACAGAUGAGCAGCUGUGUGUGGAGACGAGGGUCAGCAGCCGAUGUCCCGAUACUUCAGGAUGUGCCAAUGUGGUCAUGCCCAGAGAAGGUUGCUGUCCUAUUUGUGGUGGUGUCACGACUGUGACUUUGGAUAAGGCGGAACUAACGAAGAGAAAAAGUGUGAGUGCCGAACGUUUGGACGUCGAUGGUAUCAUUUCAAAACUUCGAGAAUAUGACGUCAUCCCUAACGAGGUGUUUGACAGGUGUCAGGUCCAUGCUGCCAUGACAACAACAACCAGUGAGGCCAAUUUGGAGGUCAGCUUCAAGACCCGAGAUCGCGAUGGUACAGACGACUCCAUGUUUUGCAGAAUGCAAAGUGUGGAGCUGGCCGACACUCUUAGCCCCACCGACACAGCUAUCAUCCUCCCGGACAUUACUAGCUAUGCCACGGCAACGGUUGCCGAGCCCUUGAUUGAAACAUCUAGAGCUGCUCCUCUGACAGGCUCUCUACUACUCAUUGUGCUAGCUUCUACCAUCGUGCUGAUUUGCACUCUCCUGUUUUAACUUCAUUACCCAUUAUUUUCAGUAUUAGCACCUUAAUUAUAGUGUGAACAUGAUUGAGCAGGACUCAAGCUGGCUAUAGUGUUUACAUCUGUAUAUUAAUUGUUCUGCAACAAUAAUGUUUUGUUGUAUUGUUAAUAUAUAUAAUGCGUCCUACCAG